AAAAGAUUCCCUAAAUAUGCAUUUCUAAACUUUCUUAGAAGAGCCCACUAAACUUUCCUCUUACCAAUAAUUAUAAUAAUAAGGUAAUUUAUGCUUAACUAUAAAUUAGUUAAUGAAUAAAAGGAAUAGAAAGUUAAAUCUGAGAUAUAAAGCCUUGAGCACAUUUGGGUUUAAUGGUUAAGCCAAUAAUAAAUUUCUUCAAUCUAAACCGAUGAUAUUUAAAAGAAAAUUGAGUCAAUAGAUGUAGAAUGCACUUAAGAGACAAAUGUAUUUAUAUUAAAUAUAGGAUAGGCAGUUGAAAAGAAUGCUUAACUUAAAAACUUCUUUGAAAUACUUAAAUCAAGGAUAAUAAAUGAAAAAUUGUAUUGUACCAUGACCUAAACAUAAAUCACUCAAUUUUUUGAAGAAGCCACAACCCAAAUUUAAAACAAAAUCAAACUCUAUGAAGACAUCUAAAAAUUGAAAUUACUCUAAAAUUAUCCAAGUAUGAUAAUAUUUUCAUAUUCAUUUUAGCUAACACUAAGAGGACUUAUUCAAAAUCUGCUAAUAUGGUACUCAAAAAAUGGCUGAUUGAAAAUUAUAACAAUCCUUAUCCUAAAACCCAAUAAGUAGAGUAGUUAGUCUAAUAAACUAAUUUAACAAACAAAUAGGUAUGUAUAUUUGCCAUUUCUUAUAGGUUUUAAAUUGGUUUAUUAAUGCUAGAAACAGUCUUAAAAAUAAAUCAAGUUAAGAAAAAAAGUUUAAAUAAAUCGUCGAAUGUAAAUUUAAAGAACUUGCAAUAACAAAAAAAAAAAAAGUAGAACUAAGUAUUUGA